CGGGGCGGCGCUGACAGUCUGGUCCGCGCCGGGCGGCGGGCGAGCAGCGGGCAGGGCUGCGGGCAGCACGGAGCAGAGCCCCGCCGCGCCCCGGCCGCGCCCGGCGCCGCACCCCGGCCCCCGUGGCUGCCCACCUGCCGCCCCGACGGGAGGCCCCCGCGGCCGCAGCCGCUGCCCGGGGCCGGGCGCCCGCGGCGGCACCAUGAGUCCGCGCUCCUGCCUGCGCUCGCUGCGCCUCCUCGUCUUCGCCGUCUUCUCGGCCGCCGCGAGCAACUGGCUGUACCUGGCCAAGCUGUCCUCGGUGGGGAGCAUCUCGGAGGAGGAGACGUGCGAGAAGCUCAAGGGCCUGAUCCAGAGGCAGGUGCAGAUGUGCAAGCGGAACCUGGAGGUGAUGGACUCGGUGCGCCGCGGCGCCCAGCUCGCCAUCGAGGAGUGCCAGUACCAGUUCCGGAACCGGCGCUGGAACUGCUCCACGCUCGACUCCCUGCCCGUCUUCGGCAAGGUGGUGACGCAAGGGACUCGGGAGGCGGCCUUCGUGUACGCCAUCUCUUCGGCAGGUGUGGCCUUCGCGGUGACGCGGGCGUGCAGCAGCGGGGAGCUGGAAAAGUGCGGCUGUGACCGGACAGUGCACGGGGUCAGCCCCCAGGGCUUCCAGUGGUCGGGAUGCUCAGACAACAUCGCCUACGGCGUGGCCUUCUCACAGUCGUUCGUGGACGUGCGGGAGAGGAGCAAGGGGGCCUCGUCCAGCCGGGCCCUCAUGAACCUCCACAACAACGAGGCCGGCAGGAAGGCCAUCCUGACGCACAUGCGGGUGGAAUGCAAGUGCCACGGGGUGUCGGGCUCCUGCGAGGUGAAGACCUGCUGGCGCGCCGUGCCGCCCUUCCGCCAGGUGGGCCACGCGCUGAAGGAGAAGUUCGACGGCGCCACGGAGGUGGAGCCGCGCCGCGUGGGCUCCUCCCGGGCGCUGGUGCCGCGCAACGCGCAGUUCAAGCCGCACACCGACGAGGACCUGGUGUACCUGGAGCCCAGCCCGGACUUCUGCGAGCAGGACGUGCGCAGCGGGGUGCUGGGCACGCGGGGCCGCACCUGCAACAAGACCUCCAAGGCCAUCGACGGCUGUGAGCUGCUGUGCUGCGGCCGCGGCUUCCACACGGCACAGGUGGAGCUGGCCGAGCGCUGCAGCUGCAAGUUCCACUGGUGCUGCUUCGUCAAGUGCCGGCAGUGCCAGCGGCUGGUGGAGCUGCACACGUGCCGGUGACUGCCGCCCGCCCGCCCGCCCGCCCGCGCCCAGCACCGCCGCGCGGCCCGGGGAAGGCCCGUAAUUUAAACAGUCCCCCACCACCCGCCCCAAAAGAUACUGGUUCUAUUUUUUGUUUUGGUUUGGUUUUUGGGUCCUCAUGUUAUUUAUUACCGAAACCAGGCAGGCGACCCCAAGGGCACCCACCGGGGUCUCCCUGAAGCCCGGGCCUCCGUGGCUGCCACUGACCAAAGGGGCCUUGCUCGCACUUCCGGCUGUCCGCGCGUGGCUGCUGCCGGCCGCUCGGCUGUUAUCUGCGUCCGUUUUUCUACUUGUAGACUCCAAGUGGGUAGCAGGAGCGUUGCAGCCACGUGCCUCCUAACCCUGCCAUCUAAGGAAAGGGGUGGCCCUGUGGUGGGGGGAUUCAGUGCCAUUUUGCUGGAAGUUGCGCCCCCACACAUGCACGCGGACCCCUGGCAGCAUCAUCCUGGUGGCCUUGUCCUCUCAAGGCCACUGGAAAGGGAAUGGGCAGAUACCAGGCCGGGAGCAGAGGGUUCAUUUCAGCCCUCCAUGAGCAGCUGGAGGUUCAACCUCUGUAGGACCUUCCAGGCAGGAGGAGCAGGUGAGGUGAGGGCAGUCCCACCCCAGAGCCCAGCCUGCCUGGCCUCCCACUCAGAGAGGGAAACCCCCCUCCCUGGUCCCUUCCAGGCAGGAGUGCAGCCGGCCGGCCUGGACCGGCGAUCCCAGCGGGGCCUCUGCAGUGACGCCCCAUGGGAGCCUCCUCCUCACAGAGCUGCUUCUGUGAGACUAAGAACGGAAAUGGCUCACACACACAGAGGAAAGGGCCGUGUAAGAAAGCCCACUCCCAACCAACUCACGCACCCAAAUUUACUGAGUAAAUACUACGUGCUAGGCCCUAUCCUGGGCCAUCUCACUGGAUGAUGGAGAAGACAGGGAUGCUCACUUUGUAGCAGAGGGGGCAAUGCCCAGAGGGUCCCAGAGCGAGCAAGAUGCAGAGGCAGAGCCACGAGAACCCUCCAGCCAAGGCUCCUCAGGGCUCCUGAAGGCCCAGAACCAGCAGGUCUUCCUGGGUCUGAGCCUUGGGAAGGGGGCUCUGCUGGAGGAAGAGGGGGCCGUGAGGCAGUUGAAGGCACAGACCACGGGCUGAGCGAGAGCCCCCACAGUUCCUGAGGGCAGAGCUCUGAGGGACAAGGCAGACAGCGGGAAGGCACCCUGCCCCUGGGGACCCCGGACAGCACCAGCAGCCACACCAUCAGGAGACCAGUCCAAACUUCUGUGAGCAAGACAAGCACACAGCAAGACCUGGCCUGACCCACCUGCCUCUGGGGUGGGCUCCCAACCACCAAAGGGACUCGCUGCCAGCCCACGCUCCAGGCUUCCCCCGCUUCCCUCUAGGCUUCUGGUCUGAGGUCUUGAGCUCUGGGAUCCCCUUUGGAGGUCCUCAGACCCAAGCUCUUGGCUCCAAGGUUCAACGCUUAAAUCAAAGUCCCAGAUCCAGAAUGCAGGCUCUGGCCUAUAGAAGCUCUCCAGGCCUGUGGUUUGUGCCUCCUGGUGUCGGCUCCCUCGCGAAGAAGUCAACACUCCUGGCCUCCAGCCAAGCUCUCUGCUCAGUGUCCAUCUGAGGAGGCCAAAACCAAGUGAGAUGCUGGAGCCACAUUCGAAUGUGGGGAUAAUCUUGGGGCGGGCAGGCUCUGAUGUGGAUGAAAGCUGAGCCGACUGUGUUGUGCCCACAGCUGCCCAGCGGGGCUCGCUGCUCCUCGGGCGGGCUCUGGGCAGCCAGAUGCUCAGCGCCAGGGAAAAUACCAUCCCUCACUGGCAGAGGCAGACCCAGACAAAGGGAGCCACAGGGACCCCUCCCCUUCCACACAUAGGGCUGAGCCACUCUCCCCCACCCCCAAGUCCUCUCUCCAGUGCCAGGGGAACAGUAAGUCCAGGCUGAAUGCUGGUGAUAGGCACUGCCCCCAGGAAGGAGGGAGAGGGUCUGUGCCUAUUCACUGGCUUCACCUUCCUGCCUGCCAGGGGCUCCUCAAAGCUGGGGUUCUGAAGGGUGUAACCUCUUCCCAGGCCUACCACCACCACCACCAGCCCCGCAGACACCAAAGGGAGCCUCAGCCACAGGCAAAUGGAGCUUCCUCGGACACACCCUUCUCCAAACUGUCCCCGAGGGAGGAAGAGCCAGCACAGGCCUGACAGCCCACCCACUCUGGAAGCUGGCCAGAGGGUCCAAGUCCUGCCCAAAACCUUCUCCACUAAUCUUGCCACAGGCAAAGGGGAUGUCCUCCUCGGCCUCGGGCUGGAGAGGCCCUGGCUCUGGAUGCUGCUGCCCCUCGGCUGCCCCGUCCCAUCCUCCGAUUUUUAUACGAGGCUCCUUGCCGUUGUGACAUCCCCAUGAAAUAGUCUGAUGCACGAUAAAACGAUUAUUUCUUUAUCUUGCAA